AUGGCCCGUGCUGGUGGUCCGUGGUUAACACCUGAAACCUCUCCCAAAACUCAGCCAAAAAAUUUGGCUAAAGUUAAGAGAUUCUUUGUGUGGUUAAAUGUGAAUGAGAUUUUCCAUCGUCUGGGAUUCCGUGUGGAUUUCCCAUCAUCUGGGAGUAUUUACUUCCAAGUUGGGUUUAUUAACAAGAAGCUUGAUAUCAAACAGUUUGAAACUCUUCAUUCUUGCCGGGACAAUGGUUUGGCCUUGUGUGGAGGAACAUCUCUGAGACAGCUUCCGGCUCCUGUCAAUAAUAUGGAAAUGCUUGUUACAGAGUAGCCUGGGACCUAAUAUGCAUAUCAAGCCAAAAGUUGGAGCAACUGGAGAUAUCAUCUACUUCAUCUAUUCACUUCUUUUGAA